CGAAGCUGAUUUUCUAGCUAGCGCACCUGUUGUGUGUGAGGUAUAAUUGCCUGCCCGAUAGAGCGAGGCAUAAUUACAAACAUAAUUGUACACGACUCUGUCUCAUAUCUUGAAAGAGCUGCAGAUGUGGAGGUCAUCGAUUUGAAAGCAGGGUUUAGUUGUUCAUGAGAACCUCGGGCAUAUUCAACCCCUAAAAUGUCUUCAGAUAAACAGGAUAUAGCUCGCUCCAAGGCAGCCAAGCUCUUGAAACGCCAUGGCAGUGCAUCCUCUCUCAUGAGUGGUAGUGAUUUUGGCACCAGGUUCAAACCCGCUGGAUCUAUCAGUACAGUAUCAUUCAUUGAUGAGCCUCACGAUGGCUCCAGGCAUGGACCAGUAAAACUAGAGCCUACAUACCAACUAGGACCGGUCAAGAAGUUUCCUGUUAGGGCGGUCCAGGGCAUGCUCAGAGAGACCUUGGAGGGUUACUUGCAGGAUAAGAGAUAUGAGCCAGAGUGGUGUAAAAAGAUGACCAAGACUAUUUCAGAUGACUUGAAAGCCCAAGUGAAGGACCUGAUGCUGCCUCGUUACAAGAUCAUUGUCUUAGUUCACAUUGGACAGCUGAAAGACCAGGGAUUAAGGGUCAGCAGCCGUUGCCUCUGGGACGCAUCCAAUGAUACAUCUGCAUCCUUUGAGUUCAGAAAUAGCACUCUAUUUGCCUCAGCGAUGGUUUAUGGUGUAUACUAUGAGUAAGUAACUACGUUAUCGGGGUCCACAGAACUGUUUUUUAAUAUGCAUUUAUUUAAUAAGUGUGGGGGAGGGGUUGAAGCCCUUCUGGGUCUGCUGCUCCUGUGUAUUGUGUCAAUGCAAUUCCCUUUUUUACAGAAAAGUGUGAUGUUUGGUUCACUGGCUCGUAGACAUGACUUAAUCCCUUGAACAUAAUUACACCUUGUUUUGCCAAGCUUUAAUAAUGGUCUGAAGGAACAAGAGUUAUUCUAUGAUCAAGACGAAGAACCGGACUCCUCCUUCUCAAUAUCUCUGCUUCAUUU